UUGUAUAAGGCGAGCAAUGCAGCUGUCAGCCUCACAAGCUCAGGAUCUCUGCUCACCGAAUAAGUAGAAAUGGGCAGGAGGUGGCCCGUUGCCCUCUUCGCGGCCCUGUGUGCCAGCCAGCUGGGCAUGUGGGCAGCGGGGCACUCCAAGGUGAACCCCAGGAUCAUCACAGCUCCGCAAGGUGCCAAAGAGUAUGUAUUUCCCAGGAGUGAGAAGUACCCAGUCUUCUAUCAUCAAGAAGGCAGCUCGGCCAUCUACGUCGGGGGAGAGGGAAAGCUGUAUUACUACGACUUUGCAAGCUACGAGAACUACACGGAAGACUUUCCAGUGAAAAAUGAAGGACAGUGCAUGAUGCCUGGGAGUCUGGAGGACAAUAAAAAUUAUCUCACGUUAGUGGAGAAGUAUGGAGAUGGGAUAUUAGUGUGUGGGACUGGUGCCUGUGCCCCCACUUGCUGGAACUUGACUCAGAGGAAGGAGAGCAUUUCAUGGGACGGGAGAGGUAUCGCUCCUUUCACCCCCGACUCAAAUACCCUCGUCGUCGUUGAUGGUCAUGACAUCUACUCCACCAUCAAGAAGAGCCAGCAGAACGGCAAGAUACCUCGCUUCCGUCGAGUGAGGGGGGGUGGAGAGCUCUACACCAGUGACACAGUCAUGCAGAACCCUCAAUUUGUCAAAGCAACUACAGUAAGGCAUGAAGAGCCUCAACAGGACAAGAUUUACUACUUCUUUCGUGAAGACAACCCAGAUAAGAGUCCCGAGGCCCCUAGAAACAUCUCUCGAGUGGCCCAGCUGUGUAAGGAAGAUAAAGGUGGAACCAGUUCACUCUCUGCUUCCAAGUGGACAACCUUCCUGAAGGCCAGCUUGAUCUGCGUUGACCCCGUCACCAAGGGCAACUUCAACUGGUUGCAAGACGUCUUCUUUGUCCGUGCGAGUAACUGGAGGCACUCCAAAGUCUAUGGGCUCUUCACAAACACCUGGGGAAGCUCUGCUGUUUGUGUCUAUUCCUUUGGGGACAUUGACAACGUGUUUCGGACAUCCAAACUCAAAGGCUAUAAUGGUCCCAACCCAGAGGUCAAGCCUGGGCAGUGCGUUCCCUCUGGGCAGCACACCCCCAGCGAGACCUUCAAGAUCGCCGACAGCCACCCAGAGGUGGAGGAGCGUGUGGAGCCCCUCUCUCCCACCAAGAGCCCCUUGUUCCACAACAAGCACCGCUACCAGAAGAUCGGGGUGCAUGAGGUCUCUGCGAGUGAUGGGCGUCGCUACAACGUGCUUUAUUUGGCCACAGACAAGGGAUCCAUCCACAAGAUUGUGGAGCUGCCAAACGGGGUACAGAACAUUGUGGAGCUCCAGGUCUUCCCAAAGAAGGACCCGAUUCAGUCCAUGAUCCUGGACCAUAAGAGGGCGAUGCUGUACAUCGGCUCAACGAAUAAGGUGGUGGAGAUGCCCAUGGACAUGUGCAGGGUGUAUCGCACCAACUGUGACAGCUGCCUGCUGGCCAGAGACCCCUACUGCGGCUGGCUCAAUGGCACCUGCCAGUCGGUUUACCUGAGCCGGGAGGUGCGACAGAACCUGAACCUGGACCCGUGGCGAGGAAAGUGCCAGAAGGGGGCUGUUAAGGAAGUAGAUGAUUAUCAGAACAUCACUGUCGUCCCUUUCUCCCGGUACUACCUCAACUGUCCCAUUGAGUCCCACUAUGCCACCUACAACUGGUACCACAACGACAGCCUCAUCAAGACCUGCAACACCACCCACCCCCAGCAGGACUGCUUCCACUUCAUCCAGAACGUCAGCCAUGUCCACUACGGCCACUAUGUCUGCAUCUCAGAGGAGGACGGCUUCAAGCAGGCGCUGGUGAAGGAGCGCCUGGUCAACCAUCUCCGGUUCAUGUCUCAGAAGGGCCAGGCCACCAUGACGCUUGCCUCUUGGCUGCAGCUGCUCCUGAUGGUGAUGUUGGUGGAGCUCUUCCACUGAACAUAACAGGACCGUGUUCCCACCAUGCCGGCUGCUGCCGCUCUUCCUGCACUCUCUGUCUGCUCCUGAGGCGAGAUCUCUCUUCUUAGUCACUCCUUGGACAUUAAUCUUUGACUGUUCCAAAAUGGGUCAUGGGCAGCAACCCCUCCAUCUUUGGCCUUGAUGGAAGAGUCACAGUGAGGAAGAUGCGACUGCAGGGCGAGCUGGCAGGCUGUGGGGCCAGGGAGGGAAGGGGGAGCCUGGCACACGAGGGACGUUCGCUGUACCAGCCUCUGCCCGUGCCGGCAGCCCUGUACUGGUUAUCCUCCUGAGCCCGCACUGGGUGAGGACCUUCAGGGUACUUCUGCUGAUGUGCAUGCACUGAUCCUCAGGGCAGGACGACUCCUCUCUUUGGGAACCUGCAUGUGAUGAAGAGGAGCCACCAGCCCUGGACCUUUCUAACUGGUUGAUCUGUGCUUCCCUCCGAGUGGUGACUGAUGCCUCUGAGUUUUUAGUGGCUAAUGUCUUUUUGGGUUGGCAAGCAGCUGGAACACUCCCAGUGUCACAUGUGAAUCCCCUUCUGGUGUGGAGAGUUGGACUCUGGAAGGCACUUAGGGUUUGGGUUGGUUUGGGUUUUUUUUGCAGUUGGCUUUGUCAUGGGAGGGAGAUGAGGAAGUAGCACUGGAACCCUGCAAGGCAAAGGCAGGCACAAAGAUAGCAUUUUGCAUGCAAAAGCCUUGGAAGAUUACUAGAUUUGGGGUGUGGAAGAGGACAGACUGAAGGGGACAGGGAGGGAAGGUGGAAGCAGAGCCCACACCAAACCUGGGAGACCCUGGAAAGAAGACUUAAACGCACAAAUCCUCUGCAGGCAGCUAAGGGCAUUUAUCUGUGAGCAGCAGGCAGCCCCUGCUCCCAGCACCACUCCUGCAGGAGGGGCACCAGGCUUCCUCAGGGAAAGAGGCAACCGGCUGCUGAUCUCAGGGCGAUGCCGAUGGGCUGAGGGGGCUGCGAUUGUCCCUGCUGCCCACAGCAGAUCUGCCUCUCUCCCUCGCAGCGAGGGGACAGGGGAGAAGCAUGCUUUGCUUCCCUUGGGCUUUGAAGUCUCCCAGCGAGACUAAACUGUGAAAAAUGGGAUGCUCUCCCUGCUCCUGUGGGCAAGGGACGAUCCCCCACCUUGUUGGACCCUUUCCCAGCCCACUCACUGGCUGAAACCCCCCAAGCCUCGGGCAUCCUUUCUAAUGCUUCCAAUAACCUGUCACAGCAGCACAGCUCCUGCUUUGUGCCUGCUUAGAGACACUCAGGAGUGCCCGAGGGGUCUUUUUGUCAGGGGGGCUUCUUGUGACCACGGGCUAUGGACAACAGGCCAGAGCUUCCUACUGCACUACAUUUCCAAGAUACCCCCUCAAAUCUAGGAUAGAGCUUCUUACAUCCCUUCUCAAAGCACUUUAACUUUGUGAACUAACAAAUACCUAUUUAUUAUUGACUGUCAAUGACUGUACUUGUAUAAUUUUAUAAUAUUAUAGAAAGUGGGUUCAAAUUAGAGAAGAGGAAAAAACAAACAGCUACCAAAAAACCGAACCUUUCAGAGCUGUGACCAAAGUGAGAGUGUGACCGCUGAAAUAAAGAAUGGAAAAGAGCCA